GGGGGCAUCCCACCGGUGUUGGGCUCUCCUCCCGAGUCUGUCAUCCAGGCAGCGGGAGCUCCGGUCACCGCCAGCCAGGCCCCCGCGUCGCUUCUACAGCAGCCAGCACCUCUGCCUCCAGCCGCAGAAGUGCAGUCUGGUCCAGAGCUCUUGGCAGCAAAGGAGGUUGCCCCCUUAUUAGCCAAGGAAGAAGGGAUAGAAGUCACUCCACUGCCCCCUACCAGUACAGCAGGAAGCGUUGCUGCUUCUGCCCGGGAUAAGCAUCAGGAAGAUAUUGAGGAGCUGGAGACCAAAGCUGUGGCUUUCUCCCCAGAUGGUCGUUUUUUGAAGUUUGACAUUGAGAUUGGCAGAGGCUCCUUCAAGACUGUCUACAAGGGACUAGACACUGAGACCACAGUGGAGGUUGCUUGGUGUGAGCUGCAGGUAUUGAAGUGA